UUAAUAAACGUAUUGUUGAAUUUAGGAACAAAUCUGGGUGUAUAGAUCUAAAUUAUCUCUAGAUCCAAUUAUCUCCUUUUAUCUCGUUAAAGAGUCAAAAAAAAAUUCUACUUUUCAAAACAUGGCGCAGCAAAUGAGUCUAUCAGAGGCUCGUACUAUUCUGAAGAAGUUUAGAGAUGAACAAACUCGAGACUCACAUCUUAUCAUCAACUUGUGGAACAGUGUUCUUAUGGACAACUGUCACAAACUGGGUGAUGAGCUAUGGUUGGUGUAUGAACAAGUCUGUGCUGCUGCUCUAGAUUGUCAGAGAUUUGAUACAGCAGAAUUGUGUAUACAAGCACUAGACAACAAGUUCCCCAAAAGUAUACGAGUGCGGAGGUUAAAAGGCAUGCUGUAUGAGGCUAGAGAAGAAUAUACAGAUGCAGAAGAAGAAUAUAAUAGUAUAUUAGAGAAAGAUGAAACAAAUAUGUAUGCAAAAAAAAGAAAGAUUGCUAUUCUGAAAGCCCGACAAAAGAUCAGUGAAGCCAUACAUAGUUUAAACGAUUACUUAAAAAGUUUUAUGACAGACUAUGAAGCAUGGAAUGAAUUGUGUGAUCUCUAUUUAUCUCAGCUUGAUUAUAACAAUGCAGCCUUCUGUCUGGAAGAGUUGAUCAUGUACAACCCACACAAUCAUCUCUAUCAUCAAAAAUAUGCUGAGAUUCGCUACACACAAGGUGGAAAUGAAAAUAUUGAACUGGCCAGAACAUACUUUGCACAGGCUGUAAAAUUAAACCCAAAUAACCUUAGAGCGCUGUAUGGAUUUUUCUUGUCAUCAUCCUAUCUGGCAGUGAGUUCCAAUAAAGGUGUGAAAGAUAAGCAGCUCAAUCAAAAAUAUUCUGCCUGGGCUGCAGAACAAAUUCAAAACAAAUAUGAGAGCCAGCAGCCUGAGUCCCAGCUGAAAGAGACCAAGGUUAUAGAAUGUAUUGAAAAACUGUUAGACUCCUUACAGGCUAAUUGACAAGUGUGGACUGUGUAAAGGUGUGUGAUUGAAUUCAGAAAGGGCUGUGUGAUUCAUUGUUGUCUAUAAUCAGUAAAAAUUUUUUUUUUUUUUUCCAAAGCAAAUUCUUAAUUUAUUGGAUUGGUGUUAAUAGUUUCCUGUGAGUUUCUUUCUUCAAAGCAAUUGGUGCCACUUAAAUUAUAUUCUUUUCAAUUUAUUUUUAAACCUUUUCUACACAUAACUGUUCUUAUAAUUCAACUCUGUGUAGUGCUCUAAAAUUCUUGUUUUUCUUGCUAAAAUAAAUAAAUUGGUACAUCUAAUUGUUGCAUCAUACCAAAACAUUGCUGGGUUCUUUUCUUAACAUUUUUUUUUGAAAACUAUAUAUCAAAAUAUUCUUGUCUCACUAUUACUCUAGAAGUUUAUUAUUAAAUAUGGAUGAUGAAAACUUGUACUAAAUAGAAAUAAAAUGUUUUGGAAAUUAGUAUGAUGAUAUUUUUAAAACUUUUGUACUCAAUUGGCCUAUUCAUGUGCAUAGCAAACUUUAAAAUGAAUAAAAUAGCUUUAAAAUA